AACUGUUAAAAACAAAAAAACAAUCUCUGCUACUUAUUUUAUCCUUUGUUUGAUUCAAUCUUCUUUAUAGAAAAAAAAUGUGCCAUUUUUCAUAAAAACCUGGAUUGUGUAUAAAGUAUGCAAAAUUGAGAGCGGACAUGUUUGAUCUGAUCUACCAUAUGAAAUUAUAGUGGCACUCAAGGAGGCAAAAAAUUUUAUCCAUUUUCAGAAAAAGAAGUGUACAUCAUCAUACACAUACCUAAAUCUUGAGAUACAACAAUUUGAGUGAUGGCUGCCGGAGGUUUGGUUGUUUCAAAAAAUGAGAAACAGUUUGAAGGGAAAGUCACAACGUUUGUGUUGGUUACAUGUCUGGUGGCGGCCAUGGGAGGUCUACUUUUUGGUUAUGAUCUUGGUAUUACAGGAGGAGUGACUUCGAUGGAACCAUUUCUGGUGAAAUUCUUUCCUGGUGUUUACAAGCAAAUGAAAGAUGAAUCUGGACCUCAGACCCAAUAUUGCAAAUUCGACAAUGAGCUCCUUACUCUGUUCACAUCUUCCUUGUAUCUUGCAGCAUUAGUUGCUUCUUUUUUUGCGUCCGUAACUACAAGAAAGUUAGGACGCAAGGCCUCAAUGUUUGCAGGUGGCCUGUUUUUCCUUGUUGGUGCAUUGCUUAAUGGUUUUGCUAUCAACAUUGAAAUGCUUAUCAUCGGUCGCAUGUUGCUUGGUUUCGGUGUAGGAUAUUGUAAUCAGUCUGUUCCAGUGUAUUUGUCUGAAAUGGCUCCGGCAAAGAUCAGAGGUGCACUCAAUAUUGGCUUCUCAAUGAUGAUCACGCUUGGAAUCCUAGGUGCAAACCUUCUCAACUAUUGGACUUCCAAUUUUGAGAAUGGAUGGCGAAUUUCUUUGGGUGUUGGAGCUGUCCCUGCAAUUAUGUUGUGCAUAGGAUCUUUUUUCUUAGGUGACACACCGAACUCUAUGAUUGAAAGAGGCCAAAGAGAAGAAGCUAAGAAAAUGUUGCAAAUGAUUCGCGGCAUUGAUAACGUUGAUGAGGAGUUCCAAGAUCUAAUUGAUGCUAGUGAGGAAGCCAAAAAGGUGGAACACCCGUGGAGGAAUUUGGUACAACGAAACUAUAGGCCUCAACUCACUUUUUGCUCUCUUAUCCCAUUCUUUCAACAACUUACUGGCAUCAAUGUUAUCAUGUUUUAUGCACCUGUCCUUUUCAAAACUUUGGGCUUUGGAAACGACGCUUCCCUCAUGUCCUCAGUAAUUAGCGGAGGUGUCAACGUCGUUGCUACUUUCAUUUCCAUCUUUACCGUGGACAAGUUUGGAAGACGGGCUUUGUUCCUUGAAGGUGGAAUCCAAAUGUUCAUUUGUCAGAUUGCCGUUGGAAGCAUGAUUGCUAUGAAGCUUGGCGUUAGCGGUGAAGGGUCAUUUACAAAAAAUGAAGCCAAUCUUCUCUUGUUCUUUAUAUGUUUGUAUGUUGCGGCAUUUGCAUGGUCUUGGGGUGCAUUAGGAUGGUUGGUGCCAAGUGAAAUAUGCUCUCUCGAGGUUCGAUCUGCAGGUCAAGCUACCAAUGUUGUUGUGAACAUGUUGUUCACAUUUAUCAUUGCUCAAAUAUUUCUUAGUAUGCUUUGUGUCAUGAAGUUUGGACUUUUCUUCUUCUUUGCUGGAUUUGUGCUCAUCAUGUCAAUUUUCGUGGCCUUGUUUCUUCCUGAGACAAACAAUGUCCCCAUUGAAGAAAUGAAUAAAGUAUGGGAGUCUCAUUGGUUUUGGAAAAAGUAUGUUAGCAACGCUAAACUUGACCAUAAAAAUAAUCUCGAUGUUUAGAAAAUGCUCAUGAUCAUAUGAACACACAUGAGAUAUUAAAGUUUCAAUGUAUUCAAUUUUAUUUUGCUACA